AUGAAAUUAUUCGGAUACGCUGUCUUAUCAAUCGCUGCUAUCGCAAUUGCCGUACCAACGCCUACAAACAUGCACAAAGCACGUUCUGUAAACAUCUACCAGGCUCACGCUACACCAACUCAAUCAAGCGGUACAAUCAAGAACCAAGCUGCCAUGGAUGCCUACAACGCGCAGAACUAUCAAUAA